AUGUUGCUCAGUGAGACCUACGUGCUCGCCCACACGGCCAGGGCCAAGCUCACCCGUGAAGCCGCCAGGGCUGACCACCAGCUCCGGUUGCUUGUCGGACACGCCAACAUGCUCGAUAACCUCAUGCUCGACCUCGCAGAGGCGGAGAAGGAACGCGAGGCCUGGUACAAGCAAGCCAUCAAGUCCAGAUCUACCACUUCUACUUCUACCUCUACUUCCACCUCUACUUCUACCUCUACUUCCACCUCUACUUCUACCUCUACUUCUACCUCUACUUCCACACCAAUUGCACCGGCUCCAGUCACCGGUAAACGCAUCCAAUGGCUAGACGCCGUUGUUCGACACGACGAGCCAGACUCAGACGACGAUGAGGAUGAGGACUGGGACGGCUCCAGUGCCUCGGAUGAUUCGUCAGACUACGAGACAGACGGCGACUUCUUUGUACAUGCCAAAGCAGACUUUGAUCUCAGCCCGGCAGAGGAAGAGUACGACGACUACGACGAGUACGACUACGACGACGGCGACGAGCUAGCCCUCACCCGUACCUCGUCGAGACAGCACCAGCCUCCAGAGCUCCUUCACGACUCCGACGAGGAGUCCGAAGACGACAUGCCGCCAUCACCCCCACAGACCACCUUUGACUCCUUCUCUGCGCCGGAUGAGUCUGAAGAGGCCCUGGUUACAGCCGCCUCUUCCGUCUCGGAGAAGGGUACCGGCAAGGGCAUACACGCAGACCAAGCUCCCAGCCACAGACUGUCUGCAGAAGAACAGUCAUCCUUCGUCGAGGAAGGGUUCUUUCUCCCCGCGAGGAACCCAACCAGGACACAGGCGAUGAUUGCUGCUUUCUAG